AUGCCACCAAUUUUGUUUGUACUACAAAAUACUUUGGAAUAUUGUUUUGAAAGAAAAACGGAUGAAGAUCAAGAAUCAAGUUUAGAAUAUAACGAACAACUUGCUAAUGAUUGGUUGACUUUUUGGGCAGCAAAAGGAGAAGAUAUUGUUCAUUCAUCUUGGACAAGAAAAUACUCUGAGUAUCUUUUGAAAGAAGACCAAGGAAACGGAGAUAAUCAAGAAGGAGAAGAAAACUUACAGGUAACAGCUUUAGAAAACAGUCUUCCCGAAAAGUCUAUACAAGAUACUGAUAACAAUACUGAAGAAAUUGUAUCUGAAGCAGAAAAUAACACUUGUCUAUGGCAAGAUCUAUGGAACACACAUUACCAGGAAAUAUACGAAAGAACCUACCAACUCUUUUCAAUAGUUCAUUAUCACCACUUUAGCUUCUAUAGACCUCAGAUUGAAGAGGAAUUAUUGGAAGAUUUAUCGACAUAUUCCUCACAGGAAGAAGAAGAGGAGGAAGAACUAGAGUUUUUUGACCAAACCGAAGAAUUGCUAGCUCUCGGACUUCCGACUUCCUUUGGUGGUUCAAAUUGGAAAUAUUAUAAAAAUCGUGUGGAAAACGACUCCUUUAGCGAGGAAGAAGAAUCAGAAGAAGAGAACGAAGACAUGACUCCUGCACAACAAGAACCUUUGAAAAAGCAAUCAUCCAAAAAGAAAAAAAAUCGCAAACUAAAACGAAUGCCCAAGAUCAUUCUCGAUGACAAAUCCCUUCGUGGCUAUUGGCAAAAACGUUUUUCUCUUUUUUCACGUUUUGAUGAAGGAAUUCAACUUGAUCGUGAAAGUUGGUUUUCAGUUACACCUGAAAAGAUUGCCAUUCAUAUGGCCGAACGUUUGCAAUGUGAAACGAUAAUAGACGCUUUCUGUGGUAGCGGUGGUAAUUCUAUACAAUUUGCAUUCACUUGUCGAAAAGUGAUUGCAAUUGAUAUAGAUCCAGAGAAGAUAAAAAAUGCUCGACAUAAUGCAAAGAUUUAUGGAGUUGACCAAAAAAUUGAUUUUAUCAUUGGAGAUUAUCUCCAACUAAGCCAAAGUCUAAAAGGUGAUGUUGUAUUUCUUAGUCCACCAUGGGGUGGUCCAAAGUAUAUUACACAAAAGGAAUAUAACAUUGAAGAGUCUCUAAUUCCGUUGGGUGCAAGUGAAUUGGCAGAGAAAUCAAGAUUAAUAAGUGAUAAUAUUGCAUUCUUUUUGCCAAGAAAUUCGAAUCCUCAACAAAUUGCAAAAGUAGCUGGUAAUGGUAAUAGAGUUGAAGUCGAACAUAAUUAUUUGGAUACGAGAUUGGUGGGUUUGACGGCGAUCUAUGGUGAUUGGUUAAUUGAUAAGAAAAAUUUAAAUUUAUAAGUGAAAUUUAUUAUAAUAUUUUUUAUUUGUUUUUUUUUUUUGCUUUUAUGUAGUUUAGGAAAAAUUAGCAUAGAAUAAAAAA